UGGGCCCUGACCUCAACUAUGGCAACAAUUACGAUCAGCAACUGCCUUCGGAGGUUGACAACAUUGGUCUUCAGUACCCCGCUCAUCCCCUGAAUCUCGCCCACCAACAAAUCCUAAGCGAAGGCGACGUGACUCGUGACUUCGACCAGAAUUUUGAACCGUUCCGUCUUGCGUUUUCUGGUGGGCCGUUCCUUUGGCCUAGGUCGCUCUGUGGGCCGACUGGACCAACAAACACAUCAGUGACAGUUGACUAUCAGCUCACUUGGCCAGGACCGAACCCCCUGCUUGAGAGAGCCGCCAUGAUAGGAGAGCUGAAGCAGCCGUAUGUUAUCGUACCAAUGCCCGCAAGUCUUCGUCUUCGAUUCAGUACACCUCGUCAUUCUGCAAUUCAGAGCUGCGGACAAGGAUCAGAUACAGGAUCAGGACUGCCAUGUCGAUAUCUGCAUUAUACCCAGGGAUCAACUUUCCCAGGAACAAUGCACUAUUAAAUACGCACUCUACCGAUUGGCUUGGAGAGGCUGGAUGCGUCUUUCGGCGACGUUGGCUGCUCAGGAGGGUUCGAAAAGAAAGAUAGUGACCAUUGCUAUUGACGGAAUACCUCGUGUAUACGAGUGGUGGUCAGGAAAGCCAUUGUGGGAGGUGGCCCAUCGUCGUUACCAGUAUGGCCAUCCAAAUGGAUGGAAACGCCAGUUUUUCAGAUUAGAGACGGGCGGAUAUUGGAUUUGGGUGGAUGAUAAUGGUAACUAUCCGGAUGGGGGGCUGGUGUAUGACACUGGAAAUUGUUUGCAGUAAUUGUGUCGGCUACUUGCAGGGCUGGCGGGCGGGGUCUGAGUCAGCUAUAAAUUUCAUUUGCUGCCCCUCACGGAAUUUCCAAACCCAAGCGUCGCAGGUUCCUCACCAUUAUUGUCAACCAUGGAUACGG